GUUUUCUCUUUAUCUUGUUUAGUUACCAUCUGUUUAUCGAAAACACGAUUUCGCACAGUGUAUUUAAACGCGGGUGUGAAUAACAACUUUCUAACAUACUUUUCUUUGUUUUUUUCGUUAAAAUAUUUUAUUUAACGCGAUCAUCAUGACGAUAGAUAGAAAUUUUGUAAAUGUGUUGAUGUUGAGUUUCGGCUUCAUGUUGAUAUUUACAGCAUUUCAGACGAUGGGCAAUAUUGAGAAAACCGUGCUGCAAAGUAUUAAGACGGAAGAUCCAAAUUUCACCGUCGAGGCGUACACUAGCUUAGCAAUAGUUUAUGCCGUCUUUGCCACUUGUAACUGGUUAGCUCCAUCGUACAUCUCCGUGACAGGGCCACGUGGUGCUAUCAUUACCGGCGCUUGCUGUUACGUCUUUUUCAUAGGAUCUUUCCUCUGGCCACAAAAUGUCUUACUCUAUAGUGCGUCGUGCAUUCUGGGUCUUGGAGCCGCAUUUAUAUGGACAGGACACGGCCAAUACUUAACAGAGAAUAGCAACUCGGAGACAAUGUCCAGAAAUGCGGGAAUAUUUUGGGCGAUUUUUCAGACCUCGAUGUUCUUCGGCAAUCUUUUCAUCUACUAUAUGUUUACGGAACCUACAAUCAAUGCUGCAACGAGAACAAUCGUCUUCGGUGUACUUACUGGGUUGGCAGUUGUAGGCACGUGCGUUCUGGCUGGUUUAAGGAGAGUAUCUCAGAGGCUGGUGUUGGGCGAGGCUGAAGGUGUUUCCAGUGCCGAUAAAGAACUUCGAAUGCCGGAAUCUACAAGGGAGAAACCAUUUUUAGCUGCUUGGCAUGCCCUCACUGACGCAUUUGAUCUAUUCCUUACAUCGAAAAUGCUUUUAUUAUCUUUGACAUUCGUGUACACUGGUCUUGUAUUAACAUUUUACUCGGGAGUCUACUCGUCGAGUAUUGGGUUCACCAAAGCGAUUGGUACAUCGAGGAAAGGCUUAGUUGGUCUUUCUGGUAUUUUUAUUGGAAUCGGAGAAGUAUUCGGCGGAGCUCUCUUUGGUAUAUUUGCAUCCAAGGUGUCCCAUUUUUGUGGCGCAUGGUCGGUCGUGAUCGUAGGAUUUUGCACACAUUUAUUCGCCUUUAUUACUAUCUUUAUAAAUUUACCAAACGAUUCACCGUUCCAGGACACCAACAGCGUAGGAUUUAUCGCUCCUUCGCCGGUUUUAGCGAUGGCCGGAAGUCUUGCUUUAGGUUUUGGCGAUGCAUGCUUCAAUACUCAAGUUUACACAUUGCUAGGAUCGCUGUUUGUAAAAAGGAGCGCUUCGGCUUUCGCGUUGUUCAAAUUUUGCCAAUCGGUCGCAGCCGCCGUAAGUUUUGCUUACAGCAGCAGCGUGAAUCUUUACAUGCAACUUCUCAUAUUGACGAUAACGAUCUGUGUCGGUACGGUUGCGUUUUGUUAUGUCGAAUACGUGACUAGAAAAGAAAAAACCGAUGUACCGUCGGAAGACGAUCCAACGCUCGUUACGGAAUAAGCAGAGCAAAUUUAUGAUCAGGAUUUAAAGAUGAUACAUGAAACAUAAGCAUAAUUACUCGAGAACUGAGAGAUAUUAAAAGUAAUGCUAUUUAAAACGAUGAAACUGCAAUUACUGUACAUAUGUGUAAUUAAAUAACAAAAGAAGCAAUCGAAACUGAAACAUUACCAAAUUAAUUAUAUUCACUAAAGCACAUAUUUGUUUUUGUAUUAUAAUAUCGCAAUAUUACUGAAUAUUAAGUAUGUUUGGCGUGCAACGAUUAGGAACUUAAGACGGGAAAUUCGCGUAGUUGUAGAAAAGAUAUCUUUUUAUAUCUUUUUUAGGGAAAGUUAACACGUUUCUCUAAUUUUUCGAAAUAUGUCACCAAAACGUGAUUGCAAACAAGAGUUGACGUAUUAUAUUAUAAGUCUAUAAGAUUGAUAUUAUAGAUAAGUGUAUAAAAGACACGAAUGCAAUGCAAUGUUGAACAAAAUUGUAUUAUUUAAGAAAAGUGUUACUUUGAAUUAAUUUUUUAAGAAAAAUUUUAAUUCAUAAUAUAGAAAACACGAAGAAUACUAUACGACCGCAUUCUCCUUUGUUUAGACAAGCAUCUAGUUGUAUGUCUGAAAUUGUAAAUGUAUAUUAUUGUGUUUUGAUACGUGUACGACAAACAUAACGAAAUACUAAUUAAAUUAAUAAAUAAUUACAUCCGUACAACAACUAGAAACUGAUCGAAAAAGAGUAGGGAAUACGUUCGACGGAUAGAACUUUUUUUUUUCGAACAGCAGACAUUAAUACUGUCCGGUGAACCAAAGAAGAAUGCUCAAUUCGGUAGUUUAAGCAAGAACAGUUUGAAUCGUUUUUGCGUUCGACGUUCCAUAGUAUUUUUCUAAUCACAUUGUAUAUUUUUAACUAAAAUACAGAAAUGAACAAAUAGUGAUGGAAUGCUCAAGUGCAAUAGAAUCCUAUGUAAAAAAAAAGAGAACGAAGCUAGAAUAAUUUUCUACGAAAGAAAAUUUUCUACAAAUGUUGUUUAUAUUGUAGAUUAUACAUAGAAC